AUGGACACAUUGCAUUACAAAAUUCAACAUGACCAAUACUACAGUGAUGUUAUCAUUGAUGAUGCAGCUGUUGAUUUAUUGCCAGAAACAUCUACCGAUAUAUCUGAAUUCUUGCAUGGCCUUCCAAAUUCCUUUGAUUUGCAACCACCUUCGCCAACACAAGAACAACUGUCUAAUGAUGAUGAAGUUGAAUUACAGACCACAUCAUCAUUCAUCCCAAAACUGCCAUGUUCAGCCCCUGAACUAGAUGCCAUUAAAAAGAUAUUACACCUUCAUACGAAUGAUCAAAAUGUUGCACCUUGGCCUGAAAUAAGUUCCUCACCCAUUAAUGAAUACAACACUAAAGGCUUGUUUACUAUGGCUUUCCCAACAUUGUUCCCAAGCAGAUCCACACUACCACUCCAACCAAGGACAAAACAUGUCCACUUGCAUGAAUAUGCUUUGCACUUGAUAAGAUAUCAUGACCAAAGGUUUGGACAACAUGUUAGGUUCAGAUAUUGUCUUUACAAUCUACUUAUGAGACACCGUUUCCAGCAAACAGCUUCAGUUUUCCUACGCACCAACUUAGAAAACUCCAUCCCAACUACUUUACAAGCUUUGCGUGAACAGCUCCAGUCCACACCAUCCGAUCAAUUGCCAAACCAAUUAAUGUGUUUUGCAGCUUCUUUGCGAGGUACAAGAGCUUAUUGGAAAAUAUCACGCAAGGAUCUCACUACAAUGAUACACCAAUUGGGAGCACCUACAUUAUUCUUCACAUUAAGUGCAGCUGAUACCAAAUGGCCAGAACUACAUAAAUUGUUUCCACCUAACUUGUCUCCAGAAUUCCAAUCCACGAAGAAGCAAUUUAUACAAAACAUUGUCCACAAUCCACAUGUCACAGCAUUGUUUUUGCAUUUUAGAUUCACAAUAUUCCGUGAGGAGAUUAUUGACAAGCUUUUCAAAGCUAAAGACCAUUGGUACAAGUACGAAUGGCAACAUCGUGGGUCCGCACAUAUACAUGGCUUCUUGUGGUUACCAAAUGCUCCUGAUAUGGACAAAAUAGACUGGUCUAACCAUGAAGCUGUCCAAUCAGCUAAUUCCUUUUUUGACAAGUAUGUCACAACAUGGAAUCCUCGCAACCAAAUUGGCCAAGCCAACAGACUGCACAUUGCUUCACUCUUUGAUCCUUGCAUGGCUGAUACAAACCAAAUUCUAUCUAUUGACCCUCUCUCUGACUAUGACGAACUCGUCAAUGUUGUUCAGUGA